AUGAAUGUGAUUCGACUAUUGGAAAGAAGAGAAGAUGAUUUAAAUUUCCAAGCCGAAGAGGAAGACCUGUUGUAUGUAAAAGUAAUAGGGGAUGAUUUGAAUAAUUUAGUUCCAAAAAAUGGAGAUUAUUUUGCUAUCUAUAUUAUUUGGAUGGUUUGUGAAGAAAUAGAAACAACAACACCUUCAAACAUAUUUGAUUCAGGGAGAUUGUGAGAUGAAUCAACCGAUUUCUAUGUUGCAAUUAGAUGAUAGUACGGAUUUGGUACGUCUUUCGGCGGAUGAGGCUAUCGAACAAUCGACCGAUUUAUGGUAAAUUUUUUAUUUUGAAAAAGGGAGAGGAAAUGGCAGUUCUCAUUAUUUCAUUUAUUUUAAAUACUCAAUUGUUUCUUUCUAUUCUUUUUGAAGUUGUUUUAUCAAUUUUUAGGAAUAUAAGGGAACAAACUAAUGAAACCCCACUAACAAGCCGCAAAAUUGGUAGUAUUUUGAAAAUUAAUAUUUGGAGAUCUCAAUCGAAAAUCCAUCUGUCUUGGGAAGAUUCGUUUCGGAAGAAUGUGAAAUCGCGGAUUCGAGUGUUCGAAAAAACCGUUCGCGAUACGUUUCUAGUUAUUCCCGGUAGAAUGGUCAGUUUUCUGAACAUAUUUACAAUCAAAAAUGUGUGUUUUUCAGAAUUUGAUAGCUUUAUGUGAAGAUUCAUAUAUGAAAUAUCUUGCUGCUGGAACAAUUGAGAGAAAAAUGACAUGUGCAAUUUUCUUCGAAGAAAUUGAUGUGCCAUUUUUAAUCAAUAGUUGUGGACAUUGUGUUUGCAGUCGUUGUUAUUAUGUAUCAAACGAUAAGAUUUGUCCAAUAUGUAGACAAGGUCAGUGUUUGUUUAAUUAUUUUAAUUGAUAAAAUGAGCAAGUUUCAGAUGAGAACGAGCAACCAACUCUAGUCAAUUUUCGAGAUGGACCAUGUCCAAUUGAUUUAUGUUCGACUAAUAACAUUUCAAAUGGUGUAGUAUUGCAACCAUGCGGGUGAGUUUUGAAGAAUGAACAUUUUCCAUGAAAAAUACAGAAUUUCGAUUGAAAAAAUUUGGAAAUACGAAUUUAAAAUAUUAAAAAUUUUAAUACCAAUUUCAAACACCAAAAGUUUCAAAUUUUGAGAAAUUUGGUUCAGAAAAGUCUUCAACUUUUUCCAGUUGUCACAUUCCAUGCAGUUAUUUACAUUCUCAAGUUGUCCAGGACGAUGAUCAAACCGAGAUUCUCAAAACCUUCAGCCGCUGUCCUUAUAAUGCGUGUCGACAAAAAAUUCAAAAAUUGCUCAAGAUUUUUGCCUAA